AUGGCCUCCAAAUGCAUAGACAAUGGUGUAAAGAACGAAACCGACGUCCUCUCCGUCGAGAAGGUGACGAGUUACACCAACCUCCACAAGUGGCCGAUGGCAGAGGUGGAGUUUGUUCAGUCAAUCAGACACGGCAAUAGCCAGCAUCAUACCAUGGUGCUGAACAACAUUUCUUGUAGGCAAAUGUACCUCAGAAGCUACACUUUCACUAGAAAAGAAAAUGAAGGCGAAGGUGGUCGAGGUGGCGGUAAGACCGGUGACCAGUGGAACAGAGGAGAGAAAAAGAAGUCUGCAGAGACAACGAAGAAAGGUAUGAGGAAAAAGAGCAAAGCAACACCUUGUAGGGGGUUUGUUUUGAGGCUCUUAUGGAAGUGUUUUUCUUGUACUUCCUCUACUAAAGUUAAUAUUGAUCCGUGA